GCGAGCAUGACCGACAAACUCCAAGAAGCAGGACUCUAUAUUGAUGAUCUGAAUAAACUACGUAUCGUUGAUCCAGCCGUAACACAUGACACCAACGAGCUUAAAACAGAAUGCGAAAACUAUCUGUCCAAAGUUGAAGACUUUCAGUCAAUUGUUCAAAAUCUAACUGCGAUGCUCGCUUCGGUUGCUGAACAGGUGGAAAAACAAAAGCUAAAGGUUAGAUUGGCUUGCGUUGUAUCCAAACUUGAACGCCCAGGCAAUCGUGUCGAGAAACCAGCUCAGCACGCGUUUGCAAUCAUUGCAAAAGGAAGAAGCCGAUCAGUUGGAAUUUAUCGAACGGUUCCUUAUGGGAAGAUGACAUCAUCGACAUCAGUGUUCCACACCGAUGCUUCAGUGCCGUACAACUUUGAUUUAUUUGAAAGCCUUAUUGUAAUGAAAAGAAUAAAGACAUUCACUCAGGCAAUCUGGAUAGAAACUGACAACAAGAACGCCACUGACAUCAGCUGGCAGCCAACCAGGCACAGUGAGGAUCACGCGAUCCCCAUCCUGGAAGGCGAGUAG